AUGUCCACAGCUAGCGCAACACAUAGUGCGUCUAUGCCUUCAUCAUCGACGGCGGAUAGUGACCUCAAAAAUAUCAAGGCGGCGCUUAUCAGACCAUCCGGUGCCUACCUUGGUGCCAAAUUGGGGCGGCAGACACUCCCCUAUGUCUAUGGGUCUACUAUUUCUCAGAAGGCCCGCAAGAUUGGUAUGAAAAAGAUCGGGCUUUCCUUGGACAGCAUCUGUCGCCGGGAGAAGAUCUUCACUCAGAACGCUUCGGACCCUUUGGACCUACUCGAAGGUGCUUUGACCAAAUCCAUCGAUUUCUACGUCACUGAUACCACAACUACGGACGACGAGCACAGGAGACUGACCGUUAUUGUGGUGGCCGAGCUUGAUACCAUGAAAGACAAGCAAGGCUUCUUCGUUCUGAUCGAACCCUUCGUCUCCAACGUCAGCAAUGGAACGGGUGUACCUUCACCUGCUGUCAUUGCCGUUGUUUAA